CAAUCCAAAGCAAAGAUGCCAGCAGAAGCCACCGUGAAAGCGCCCAAGAAGGGCUCCAAGAAAGCCGUGACUAAGACCGCCGCCAAGAGCGGCAAGAAGAGGAGAAAGAGCAGGAAGGAGAGCUACGCCAUCUACGUUUACAAAGUGCUGAAGCAAGUCCACCCCGACACCGGUAUCUCCUCCAAGGCCAUGGGCAUCAUGAACUCGUUUGUGAGCGACAUCUUUGAGCGCAUCGCCGGUGAGGCCUCCCGUCUGGCCCACUACAACAAGCGCUCCACCAUCACUUCCAGGGAGAUCCAGACCGCCGUGAGGCUGCUGCUGCCCGGGGAGCUGGCCAAGCACGCCGUGUCUGAGGGCACCAAGGCCGUCACCAAGUACACCAGCUCCAAGUAAACCAUCCCGCUGCUGUAAUCCACUAAACCAACGGCUCUUUUAAGAGCCACCCACUUCUUCUUAGAGAGCAGAGUUUCGUUUAGUUAUGCGUUUAGAUAGAAAGUAUCGGUUUUCGAUGCUCUAUUAACUUAGAUUUGCUUUGUAUGGUAUUUGUAUAUAAACGUCUAUCACCUGUGCGAUUCUUUUAUAUAUAUAUAUAUAUAUAUAUAUAUAUAUUUUUUUUGCUGUAGCCUUUUUUCCCUCACUGUUGGUCAGAGGGAAACUUCAAUUCAUCUGAAUGGCACAUACCGGUAAUGCAGAACUGAGAUUUAUGUUGACUUGCUCUGGCAUUUACAAUAAAAGCUCUUUGUAAUGU